AUGCUGGUCUCUAACCUUCCCACACUAGACGAGCCUGUCAUUUCGAUCCACACAGCCGCUUUCUUCUCGGUGAUUGCCGGGGAACACAAAAGAUGGAUGCUCAUCGUGAACUUCAUGGUGAAUUUCAUGGUCUAUACAAGCGUACUCCUAACUUUACUCUACGUGGCACCAUUCUACAUAUCGCCGACUACGCGCCCCUCCCAGACGCUCAGUCGAGAUGCUCCCUCUGUGAUUCGAGCAAGAAUCAGAGCGGUGUCCUGGUCUUGUUCCCUGGGCACUCUUGCAGUUCUAUGGCUGAUCGUAGCUAAGAACCAUGCUUCAAUCCCAGAAGCUGUGAGGCUUGUAGGGUGGUGGCCUAUCAACCUCUGGGACAUCUGCCGGGCCUGGCUUCUGACAGCUAUCCUGUUUACGGGUCCCCUUUUUGAGCGUGGCAUUGCCGAAGGGGAAUGGAAGGACUGGCUCAAAGGAAGCAGAAUCUCCGAGACUCUCCAUGGUUGGAUUGGAUGGCGAAAUUACGUCGCCGGUCCCGUUACCGAGGAGAUUAUGUUUCGGUCUGCCAUUGUGCCUCUCCAUCUCCUAGCGAAGGACACUCCGGGCCACAUUGUUUUUGUGGCGCCUCUUUAUUUUGGAAUCGCACAUGUGCACCAUUUUUAUGAGUUCCGCUUGACACAUCCAGAUACUUCGAUCUUUGCAGCAUUGUUUCGAUCAGUGUUCCAGUUUGGCUACACUACCAUCUUCGGUUGGUAUGCCACCUUCCUGUAUCUUCGAACGGGAUCUUUGCUAGCAGUCAUUGUCGCGCACAGCUUCUGCAACUGGUGCGGGCUUCCCCGACUGUGGGGAAGGGUCGAGGCUAGUGUCCCCAUCGGACCGCCCGUGGGUAAAGCCAAAGAAGACGCCGAUGUGAAGGACGCACACGCCGCCUAUGGUAAACUGGGCCUGGGCUGGACAGUUGGGUACUAUGUACUCCUUGUAUCAGGGGCGAUUGCCUUCUAUUACGCUCUAUGGCCGCUAAGCGACUCGCCAAAUGCGCUUGCUACGUUUACAGGAGGGUCCAAGUGA